GGAGGAGGGACGGUUCCGGACAGGCGGUUCCUGUGUUGACAGCCGCAGGAGUCGCUCAGAGCCGGAGGGAGCCGCCUGGCGAGGCACCGCGAGGGGCGCCGGGCUUCUGCCCCGGGCGCUCGGCAUGGCCUUCAUGGAGAAGCCGCCGGCUGGGAAAGUGCUGCUGGACGAUACGGUGCCGCUGACAGCCGUCAUCGAGGCGAGCCAGAGCCUGCAUUCGCACACGGAAUAUAUUAUUCGUGUACAAAGAGGGAUUUCAAUGGAAAACAGCUGGCAGAUUAUACGAAGAUACAGUGAUUUUGAUUUGCUGAAUAACACUUUGCAGAUUUCUGCUCUUAGCCUACCUCUUCCUCCCAAAAAAUUGAUUGGAAAUAUGGACCGUGAAUUCAUUGCUGAAAGACAGAAGGGCCUUCAGAACUAUCUCAAUGUGAUUACUUCGAAUCAUAUCCUAUCCAACUGUGAACUAGUAAAAAAAUUUCUGGAUCCAAACAGCUAUUCUAUUAAUUACACUGAAAUUGCCUUACAGCAUGUUUCAAUGUUUUUUCGGUCGGAACCAAAGUGGGAAGUGGUAGAACCAUUAAAAGAUAUUGGCUGGAGGAUCCGAAAGAAGUAUUUCUUAAUGAAGAUUAAGAAUCAACCAAAGGAGCGACUAGUCCUAAGUUGGGCUGACCUGGGUCCAGAUAAAUAUUUAGCUGACAGAGAUCUUCAAUGUGCUGUCAAGCUUCUUUCUUCCUGUUCGCAUCCUUAUAUUUACAAAAUCAUUUUUGCCACAGCCAGUGAAUCUUCUGCACUAGUAAUUAGACACUUCAGUGAAAAAGGAACUCUAAAAGACCUUAUUUAUAAGGCAAAACCAAAAGAUCCAUUUCUGAAGAAGUACUGCAACCCGAAGAAAAUUCAAGGUCUUGAACUUCAACAAAUUAAAACAUUUGGCCGACAAAUAUUGGAGGUCUUAAAGUUCUUGCAUGAGAAAGGAUUCCCAUAUGGUCACCUUCAUGCUUCCAAUGUUGUGUUGGAAGGGGACACGUGUAGAUUACUGGAUUUGGAGAAUUCUCUACUGGGGCUCCCGUCCUUCUACCGAUCCUACUUCACACAAUUCCGUAAAAUUAAUACUUUAGAAGCUAUAGAUGUACACUGCUUUGGACAUUUGCUAUACGAAAUGACAUAUGGGAGACCCCCAGAUUCUAUUCCCAUGGAUAGCUUCCCUCCUGCACCAUCCAUGUCUGUAGUGACUGUUUUAGAAUCUGUUAUUUCUCCUGAGGCCAUGAAGAACGGUAUGCCAACUGUCUCCAGGCUGCUACAAAUGCCGUUAUUCAGUGAUGUUCUUCUAACAAAUUCAGAAAAAACACAGUUUAAGAUUCCAGCCAAAUUAAAAGAAGCUUUAAGAAUUGCCAAAGAAUGUAUAGAGAAGAGGCUAGUAGAAGAACAGAAACUGAUUCAUCAGCACAGAAGAUUGACAAGAGCUCAGUCGCAUCAUGGCUCAGAGGAAGAGAAAAAAAAGAGGAAAAUAUUGGCACGGAAAAAAUCUAAACGCUCAGCCUUUGAGAGUGGAGAGGAUCAAUCGAUGAAAUACAGCAACUCAAACAAUUCAGCAGGGUCUGGCACAAGUUCCCCUCUAACAUCACCUUCGUCUCCUGUUCCUCCUCCUACAGCAGGUGCCUCAGCAAUUCCUUCACCACCAGCAGCUCCUGGUCCUCCUCCUAACUUGGAUGUGCCAACCCCCCCUCAGCUGCAGCCUGUCAACAGCACAAGCAGGAGCACCUUGCUCAGUUCCAUUCAGAAUUUCCAGAAAGCAGCUUUGAAAAAAACAGAAACCUGUGACCACAGUACUCCCAGAAUCAGCUGAAGUUGUUUACAAAUCAAAUUGGAUAUAUUUUCUAUUUCUGUUCUCAGAACCAGUCUUUUCCACUAACAAUUUGAUCUAGCCACUCUUUUGUUUAGAGUCGUUUCAAACUUUUCCCCCUGAAGUAAUAUAAUUGAAUAACUAUGAUCAGAGUGUCUUUGGCUGUGUUGAAGGGUGAAAAGAUCCCAUUUAGAGAUUUCUUUUGUGGAAUCUUCCUUGGGGCAGAUAUUUUUUUUUCUGAUAGUGACCAUUUAUAUUCUGAGGCUUGCUUUCCAAAUAGAUUGAACUAUAAACCCUGGCCCAUUGGCGUUAGCUGUACUAAAUACCAAGUUACUUCAGCUAUGUUGAGAAAUAUGGCAAUGCUGAGAUUUUAUUUAUUUAUUUUUGUCCUGCAAAAUGCAGGUAAUCCAUGGAUUAUUCAACAUUCAGAAGUACAGCUCCCAAUACAACUCAAUUUAGAAAGAACAGAGGGCAUUAAAUUAUGAUGCCAUUAGACUUGGGGUUAAAUUGGGUAUCAAGCUACUUAUAUAUGCAGAGUUUCCAUUAUUUCAAAUUUAACCUCAAUGUAUGAUUUAUUAUUGGGCUGGGUGUUUAAAAAAACCUACAUAACUUUAAUGUUUUAGUGAAAAAAUGUCAUUUUUCUGAUUUGUUGAAAAUCUUAAAUUGCACUUUAAGGAUUAUUAGUAAUCCAUUUUUAAAGUCAAAUAUGUGUCAGUGUUUGUUCCUAUACAGACAAUGUCAUUGUGUAGAAGAGUUCAUGUAGUCUGAAAUAUACUCAUAUUUUUAUUAAACGGUCAA